UCACAUCGGACACAUAACAUAGUUGGAUUGAAACAAACAACUACAGUUCCGCGGGCGAUAUCCCCAACGUUUAACUGCUAUAUUAGCCAAUAUUAUUAUGAAUUGUCCUAUAAUACGUUGAUUUGUAUUAUCUUUAUAUGACAAGUCAUGCAACACGACAAGGAUUCAAAGGCAACAUUUUACACUUGUAGUUGUUUUAGCACUGACAAUAUUUUCCUCGAGGAGUUCAAACUUCAUGUCAGAUUUCUAUCCGAGCACCAGUUUAGAUCUGAUUAUCAAGCGGUGUUAAGAAAUCUUGGCUGCUCCACUGACACAGAAUUCAAGGACAUCCUGAAAAAGAUUGAGAAAGAAGUUGAAAGGCGCAGGAGCCUUGGUGUGAAGUCAGCUGAGAGAGCUGCAGCCAUUAAGGAGAUUUAUAAACCACUCCAUGACCAUGUCUACCUUCUCCAUGAGUCCUAUAUGGCUCCAGAGUUUAAACAGAUGGUGGAUUAUUGUCGAAGUGAUGAGGCCAGUAAAGAGGGACUGUUGAGUUUAAUGCAGACAGAAGCAGCGGCAAGGGUCUUCCGAUUUCCUGUGUUCAAGAAAAUCUUCUGUGAUGAGCUGAUAGAAGAGAUGGAACACUUUGAACAAUCUAGAUCGCCCAAGGGCAGACCAAAUACCAUGAAUAACUAUGGGAUCCUCCUGAACGAGUUAGGGUUUGACGAAGGCUUCAUCAUCCCUCUCCGUGAGCAGUAUCUGCAGCCUCUCACAUCUCUGCUCUACCAUGACUGUGGGGGAUGCUAUCUGGACAGCCACAAGGCCUUCAUGGUGAAAUAUGACAUGCAUGAAGACUUGGACCUCAGCUACCACUACGACAACGCAGAGGUCACUUUCAACGUGUCUCUGGGGAAAGAGUUCACGGAGGGGAAUCUCUACUUUGGUGACAUGAGACAGGUGCCUCUGAGUGAGACAGCAUGUACAGAGGUAGAGCACAAAGUGACGGAGGGUAUCCUUCACAGAGGACAACACAUGCACGGUGCCCUUCCCAUCUCCUCUGGGCAGCGCUGGAACCUCAUUGUCUGGAUGAGAGCCUCACAGGAGAGGAACAAACUGUGCCCCAUGUGCAACAAGAUGCCCACCCUGGUCGAAGGAGAGGGUUUCGCAGACGGCUUCACGAGUGACAUAGGGAUGUCUCUUCUACAGAAUGUAUAAUGUGUCCUGCAUUAACUUAAUGUUGCUGGUCCAUCUGUAUUUGUGUAUGUUAGUGUAACUAUUGUCUGGAUGUUUACUUAUCGUAGAGAUUAUCGCAUGUGCCAAAGAAGAGUUGUGGAGAGGAAACGUGAGACAUUAGGAACAUAGGGAGGCUCAUCACUACUUCUACAAAAAACCUCACUACAAACUUCAUUAUGCAGUGUCACAUUAAUUCCUAUAUUUCCUAAAACAUCAUGUCCAUACAAAAAAUGUGUAGCUAGUGAAUUGAAUGGUAUUUUGUACAGGUAGGGUAUUUCAUAUUCAAAUGCCAGUGUUUAUAGACACUGGGGGAGAACCUGAGCUUUUGCCUUCCCCUUUAUGGCUUACUUUUAGUUGCCUUGCUCCUGUUUCUUGUUCACAGAAAGUUGACAAGAUUUUUAAUCUGUACAAUUUAUAAAUUAUGUAAAUAUACUGAACAAAAAUAUAAACAUGACAUGUAAAGUGUUUGCCCCAUGUUUCAUGAGCUGAAAAGAUCCCAGAAAUGUUCCAUAUGCACAAAAAGCUUAUUUUUUUGUGCACAAAAUUUGUUUUCAUCCCUGCUAGUGAGCAUUUCUUCUUUGCCAAGAUAAUCCAUCCACCUGACAGGUGUGGCAUAUCAAGAAGGUGAUUAAACAGCAUGCUCAUUGCACAGGUGCACCUUGUGCUGGGCCAAAGAUGUCUCAAGAUUUGAGGGAGUGUGCAAUUGGCAUGAUAACUACAAGAAUGUCCACCAUAGAAUUGAAUGCUUAUUGCUCUACCAUAGGCCGCCUCCCCGUUUUAGAGAAUUUGGCAGUACAUACAACCGCCUCACAAUUGCAGACCACAUGCAAUCACACCAGCCCAGGACCUCCACAUCCAGCUUCUUCACCUGCGGGAUUGUCUGAGACCAGCCACCUGGACAGCUGAUGAAACUGAGGAGUAUUUCUGUGUAAUAAUGCCCUUUUGUGGGGAAAAUCUCAUUCUGAUUGGCUGGGCCUGGCUUCCAAGGGUUGGACCUAGACCCACCCAUGAGUGCGCUCCUGCCCAGUCAUGUGAAAUCCAUAGAUUAGGGGCAAAUGAAUUUAUUUGAAUUGACUGAUUUCCUUCUAUGAACUGUAACUCAGUAAAAUAGAAAUUGUUGCAUGUUGUGCUUAAAUAUUUUUUCAGUAUAAUAAUAAAUACAUAACGAGU